AAUUGGUACUGAUAUAUAUCUUAUAAAUCAGAGUGAUAUAUUGAAAUAAGCCAGUUAAUCGGCGGUACCCAUCGAAUAUUGUAAAAAUGGCGAAAGUCCCCAGAAUCAAGCUGAACAAUGGGCUGGAGAUUCCGGCCUUUGGGCUCGGCACAUGGAAGUCUAAACCAGGCGAGGUGGAGGAGGCCGUCAAAAACGCCAUCGACAUCGGCUACCGCCAUAUUGAUUGCGCCUACGCAUACGGCAACGAGAAAGAAGUCGGCGCCGCUUUGAAGGCUAAAUUUGCCGAGGGAGUCAUCAAGAGAGAGGACGUCUUCGUCACCAGUAAGCUAUGGAACACUUACCACAGACCAGACCUCGUGGAGAAGAACAUCAGGAUAACCCUGAACGAUUUGGGUUUGGACUAUUUGAACUUGUAUCUCAUCCACUGGCCAGUUGCGUACAAGGAAGAUGGGGAAAAUUUCCCGUUUGACGCAAAUGGCAAAAUGCAAUUCAGUCAUGUCGACUACGUAGACACAUGGAAAGCUAUGGAGGAAUUAGUGAAGAAAGGCCUUACAAAAUCCAUCGGAGUUUCAAAUUUCAAUAAAAAACAAUUGGAAAGGAUCCUUAGCGUGGCUACUAUCAAACCAGUGAUCAACCAGGUCGAAUGUCACCCAUAUCUCAACCAGAGGAAGCUUAUCGACUUCUGCUGGUCAAAGGGCAUCGUCGUAACAGCGUACAGUCCCCUAGGGUCUCCCGAUCGCCCCUGGGCCAAACCUGGCGACCCUCAACUCAUGGACGAUCCAAAAUUGCAGCAAUUGGCCACAAAGUACAAGAAGAGUCCCGCACAGAUACUACUGAGGUAUCAGCUAGAUCGCGGCGUUGUCACCAUCCCCAAAUCCGUGACUAAGUCUAGGAUCCAACAGAACUUCGAGAUCUUCGACUUUAAUUUGAGCAAGGAGGAUAUCGCCUACUUGGAUACCUUCGAUUGCAAUGGAAGGCUUUGCCCGUUGACAGCAGGUUUGGGACACCCCCACCAUCCAUUUGAGAAAGACGAAUACUAGACCUUAUCUGUUUUUAAUACGUAAAUAAAAAAUAUAUUUGUACAAGCAAGUAUUACUUAAAUAAA